AAAUGUUUUCGGGAAAUGUCCCCAACAAUAAUUAACUGGCUCUGAUCUGGACUUGGCUCUCAGCUCUACUUUGUUUGAUUUCGUUACAGACAAAAUGUGCGUCAGAUACCUUGGAUUUAUUCUUCUGAUUUGGUUUCCUGGAGCGCUACAUGCACAAAGUGCAGCACAGUCGUGUAGUGCUCCCAGACUGGAUGGUGGUUUCUUUGCCCCAAAACAACAGACUUAUUCUGACGGAACAAAGCUGAGCUAUACCUGUGAUGAAGGACGUAAACCAGCAGUGAAGGGUUGGUGGGCAACAAGCACAUGUCACAAUGGAGAAUGGUCUCCUGAACCACAGUGUAUAGAUGAAAAAUCCUGCUUGCAACCAACAAUCCCCAACGGGAAAUACACUGAAAACCAGAAUGGCUGGUACAACGAAGGACACAUGAUUAGGAUAACGUGUAAUGACGGAUAUGAACCCAAAAACAGGGACGUCACAGCUGAGUGUUUAGAUGGAGCAUGGUCCUCUGUGCCUGUUUGUGAGAAAAGCAUCUACGCAUGCGAUGAGCCCCCGAAAAUCCCCCAUGCUGUAAUCGUUCAUUUGGAAUACCAGGAAGUGUUUGCUGCAGAUUCAGAAGUACAGUAUGAAUGUGAAGAUGAAUAUACUGUAGAAGGAGCAGACACCAAAACAAACAUAAUUUGCAUCGCUGGAAACUGGACUGAAGGCCCAACGUGCAGAUCAUCUGCUAGCUCACACUCAAAUGACAGUGAGACUGAACUUUCAGUCACAGAAGUCAGCAACUGUGGAGAAUACCCCGUAGUUCCUAAUGGUGAUGUUGUGGAAACUCAUGAAAUGUUUUUGAGGUACCAAUGCGCUGCUUUUUACAAGCAAGUGGGUCCAGACAGAGUGGAGUGUUACAACAACAGCGAGUGGUCAGAAGUACCCACCUGUGAAGCUGCCUUCUGUUCUGUGGACACUGAUAAAUCCCCUGAGUUAAUAAAUGUUGGCGUUAAAUACUUAAAAGAUGGUGAGAAGGCGAGAUUGGAAUGUGUGCAUCAGGAUAAAUGGUGGACGACUCAUUAUUCUGUGGCCCGCUGCAAUAAUGGAAGUGUGACGCUUUCAAGAUGUUGUAGCUGGUGGCAUCUAAGGCAGGAUGUUUGCUGAGGCUGUAUCACCGAGAAGAAGAUGACUGCCACCUCUGGAUUUUCUCACCACUGACUGAAAACAGGCUGGAAGCUUUUCAGAGACAGCAAUGUUAUGAUUAUGCUGUCACACACCAUGUUGGGUUCAACAGAAUGAUUCUGAUUUUAAUUUUGAUCUAUAACUGCCUGCAUAAUGUGGGAGCAAAUUCUCUGUGUUUAAAGCUGAAAAGAAGUUGAAUGUGGUGUAUAAUUUAUAUAGUUUUCUGGUUUGAGCUAAAGAGGGUGGGUGUUAGUCCUGAAUCUACUUUUCAAAGAAACACAUUACAUAUCUGUUUCUAAUCUUAAUUUUAAUUUUAAUUCAUUCACAUAUUUUUUAGCAUUAUAACAAUUUUUUAAUCUCUGUAAUAUCUUGUAACCAGAAUUAUUGUUAAGGUUUUAUCGUGUAAGGGGGAAACUCAAUGUGCUUUACCUAGCAGCCACAUUUAAAAAGAAUAACAGGAGGCCAGGGCCGGUCGCAGGGGCUCCGCACUGGUCAGAUGUAUGCAGGGGUGUUUCUGGGAUUUGAGGACAUAAAAUUCAAAUAUCAAAUCACUGAUGUAGGGGAAGAUGCAGCUGCCUUUGGAUUCAUGUCAAUGUAUCACUAACUGGAAACUUUCGAAAAUGUGAUUUAAAUAUGCCGACAAAGUGUCUGUUGGACUUCUUAAUCAUCAGUUUUUGGCUUUUUGUUUUGAUAUUUGAAAUCAAAUAAAAACAAACAAUCCCACAUAA